GCCGCCACAUCGCCCAUGGCUGCCGACGCGGCCCCCACUUCCGCCAGGACCCCCCACUUCCGCCCGCGCCGCUUCCGCUUCCAGCCGGCGGCCAUGGAGCUGCACGCAGCCUUCGCUCGCUCUCCGCGCGGCGCUGUCAAGGUGGCCCGCACGGUGGCGGCGAUGGUAGUGCUGCUGUGCUUCGCAGUGUCCCGCGCCCCCGGCGCCUGCACCGCGCUGGCCGCCUUCGAGGCCGCCUUCACCGGGCUGUUCCUGCUGCUCUACCUCCUGCGCCUGGACAAGGAGCUGCCCUGGCUCUGCUGGCCGCUCGCGGAUAUUUUUAACUCGGUGAUCGCGGCAUUGUUCCUCCUCGUGGUGUGCCUGUCUGCCAUCAUAGUCCAGACCAACCACGGGACAGUGGCCGGAGGCGUGAUUGGUCUUAUAUUGCUUGUUCUCUGUGUUGUCGAUGCGGUUCUUCUUUUCAAGAAGAUUAGCUUUAAUAGACCGAGAGGAAGCGAUACGACCACGAAAUAAGAUUACCAUUCUAGUAACAGAACGGUUUCUCCAUUGAUAACUGUUACUGUUCUCUUUGAUUCUUCAUGUGUUCAUCUUUGAAUUUCCUGUGUGUUUAUGUGCAUUUUUGCAAGUAUUGCUCAUCAGUUGUCUUAUGUUUACAAAUGCAGUUACUGCGUUCCAGUUUCAUCAGUACAAGCUUUAGAGAAAACUGUGAUUGAGCGUCUAAACUUA